AUGUCUUCCUCCGCACAGAUUCCCUUCUCAGAGCCUCCAUGGCUGGCAGGCAUGCCCUCGCCAUAUCACAAAGAAACACACAAGAAAUGGCAGAAAGCAUGUCGUGCAUUCCUGGACGAACACUUAAUCCCACACGCGAUGGACUGGGAGCGGGAGGAGACUGCCCCAGAUCAUCUCUUCCAGACGUUCAAGAAACACAACAUGUUGAUUCCUAACCUCCCUUCGCCGCUGCCCAUUGAGUGGCUGAAAAAGGUGGGCAUUAACGACAUUUUGGGCACCCCCAUUGAGGAGUGGGACUAUUUCCACACCGGGAUUUAUCUAGAUGAGAUGAUGAGGUCUGGCCUCACUGGUCCUGGUGGCUCGAUGACGGCAGGACAUGCAUUCGGCAUUCCUCCCAUCAUCAAGUUCGGCAGUACUGCCCUCCACGAGAGAUUCCUUCCAGACCUCCUGACAGCCAACAAACGAUGUUGUAUUGCCAUUACGGAACCGAGCGCGGGUAGUGAUGUUGCUAAUAUCGCGACGACCGCCAAGAAGACUGCAGACGGCAAGCACUAUAUUAUCAAUGGGCAAAAGAAAUGGAUCACAAACGGCUUCUGGUCCGACUACGCAGCCAUGGCAGUGCGAACAGGCGGACCCGGCGGAUCUGGGCUGAGCAUGAUCGUCUGCCCUCUAAAGGGUUACCCAGGUGUUGAGAUGCGACGGCUCAAAGUCUCUGGUCAAAUCAGUGCAGGGACAACAUUCAUCGACCUGGAUGACGUGAAAGUCCCCGUGGAGAAUCUGAUCGGACAGGAAGGAUUGGGCAUGAAAUACAUCAUGAAGAACUUCAAUCACGAACGGCUCACCAUCUGCUGCGGCGUGGCACGUCAAUCCCGGGUGGCCGUUGCCGCGGCCUUUGAGUAUGUGAUGAAGCGGGAGGCCUUCGGCAAGGCUCUAAUCGAACAGCCCGUGGUCCGCCAUCGGCUAGCCAAGGCUGGCGCCGAGCUGGAAACCCUACAGGCUUGGGUUGACCAGAUCCUGUACUCGAUGACGAAGCUGACCAAGGAAGAAGCCGACAUCAAACUCGGCGGCUUGACUGCCCUUGCCAAGGCCAAGUCCGGCAUGGUCUUCAACGAAUGUGCCCAGACCGCCGUCCUGCUCUUUGGCGGCAACGGCUACACCCGCACCGGCCAAGGGGAGAUUGCAGAGCGCCUGUACCGAGAGGUACCCGGUGUGCGCAUCCCCGGUGGAAGCGAGGAUGUCAUGCUUGACCUGGCCGUCAGACAGCUGGUGAAGAAUUACCGCAAUGCUACCAAAGCUCUUGUUGCUCCAAGCGGGAGCAGCAAGCUGUGA